AUGGACGGUGCGGUUGGAGUCUCGCAAUGUCCAAUCGCUCCAGGGUCCAAAUUCAUCUAUAACCUCACUGUUCCUGAGAACCAGAGCGGGUCGUUUUGGUACCAUGCUCAUUCCGGUGUGGCCAGAGCAGAUGGGCUUUAUGGAGGCUUUGUAGUACACGCGCCCUCCCUAAAUCUUACAGUCGGUGACCACGUAGCCGAAGAGGAGAAAGCAAAUCAUCAAGACGUCUACGGCAAGGACUUAUUGCUUCUAAUUAGUGACUGGUAUCAUCAACCAGCUUCUCAAGUUCUAGACUGGUAUAUGCGCGCUGGAUCUUUUGGCAACGAGCCGGUCCCAGACUCGCUAUUAAUCAAUGGCGUGGGCCAUUUCAACUGCUCCAUGGCCGUACCUGCACGACCGGUGGACUGCGUCGAGCAUUAUAUCGAUUUGUCUUAUCUGGAUUUUGACGGUGGCUCGCCCUACAGAAUACGGGUGGUCAACACAGGGCAGGUGGAGAAGCGCUUUACGCUGAGUUUCGCCGACAGCGUUUUCGAUCUUAUUCAACUCGAUAGCAACGAUGUCGAACCCCAGUCACAAGCCAGUUCAGCCGGGGUGCUCUACCCCGGACAACGUAUGGACGCAAUCCUUAUGCCUUCAUCGGGACGUGCCACACAUGAACAGAAAUCCAUGACUAUCAAACUGGAUGAGGACAACCUCAGAUACCUCAAUCCAGCUCUGAGUGCAGAGCAGACCUUUCCCAUCGCGACAGACAAGACCACCAGCCCACAGGCAGACAGGUCCAACUCCAAGCUGUAUCCCAAACUCAAUCUCGAGACUGUCCCGUCUUCACGAACCAUCCUUUCCUCACUCCCCAAGCACGCCAACCAGACUCACGUCGUAUACACCAAGAUCCAGAAACUCUCCAAAAACCACAACGUCCCUUACGCCUUCUUCAACCGCACCUCGUGGAAACCGCAAAGCAGCCCUCCAACACCCCUCCUCUACCUACCCCGCGACAAAUGGGACGAAAACCAACUCUCUAUCGCUACAGGGCUCGACCCGGUGUGGGUAGACCUGGUGGUGAAUAAUCUCGACGAAGGACCUCACCCUUUUCACCUUCACGGCCACCACUUCUACGUUCUACAAGUCUAUAAAGCUCCCAUAGGCUGGGGCUCCUAUAACCCCUUCACCGACGCGCAUCCGCCAGGUCUAGAGCCUGUCGACAGUGCCGAUGCCGCUGACAACGGGUCCGGGGACGGUUCACCAUACGACCUCUCCCGCGCGGUACUGCGUGACACGGUCCAGAUCCCCAGCCGCGGGUAUGCGGUUCUACGCUUCCGGGCAGAGAAUCCAGGGGUGUGGUUGUUCCAUUGCCAUAUUGUGUGGCAUUUGGCGAAUGGCAUGGCGAUGGUGGUGGACGUUAUGCAUGACGAAACAGUAGAUGGUGUUUUCUCGGGUGGGCAGGAGUGUACAGCUUUAUAG